CCACGCUGGUCCUCUAGAAUUGUAAGUGUGGGCUCGUGCUGUGACGUCGGUAGUCACGUGACGUGAACAAGCGGAGGUUCUCCCACAUUCGCUGUUUGUAGUAGAUGCAUGAUUAGAACGUAGGAGUACAGAGUCUCUUUGGCUGGACACAACUACAGAAUCAACCACAGACAUUUCCAGUCGAGCUCGGUGUUUUAUCAUACGAAGGUCCAUCGCCUGCCAUAAGCAUUGGCCUCCACAUCAUAAUGAAACCCUACUAUGCCUUAGCCGUAUGUGCAAUCUUCGCAAUGGUGCUUGUCAUCGCCGGUGCUCAAGAUUUGAAUUUGUUUGGUCGUGAAGAAACAACAGAGGACAAGCAAAGUGCACAGAAUAUCGAGAAAAAGUACGCACGUCUGUCCUACUUCCGGUCACCUUCACGCCCACGUUAUGGAUGGAACAAUAGAGGAAGAGGACGCUACUCUAGACCUGUACAGAGAUCACCUAUGUAUGGAUGGAGGCAUCGUUCAAGCCGUCCCAAGAUGCCGUGGGAGUACCUUCCAGACACCUACUGCUUCCGGAACCGAUGCCGAUCCAACUUUGACUGCUGCAAAAAAUACAACUUGUGCAACCCAGCUGCCAAACUGUGCUAUGACUGCUGGUAUGGGCAUCCAUGCAGGCGUAAUGAAGACUGCUGUGUAAAAUACCCCACAUGUAACAGACACAGGAGCAUGUGUGUGGAUUAAAGUAACUUGGACUUGAUCCACGGUUCCAAGAAAGUGACAUGAGAUGGCUUUGCUUUAAGUAAGGUAUUGCAAUUAAUUCUGACACUCAUUUUAUGCUUGGUGAUACACCGGAACAAAGCAUCCUUAAAUGAAACCAGCUCAGUUUGUUAUGACAUAUACUAUACUGUUUUGUAAAAUAUGCAUUUAAAUGACCAUGGUCAAAACAAUUCAAUAGCGCCAGAGCAAAAGCCAUUAAACAGUUCUCUGCAACGCCUAUCUUAAAAGUGAAGCUGUCGCCAUGAUGUCCAGCAUUCCAAAGAGUGUACGGCUAGGAAUUAUUCCAGGAUAAUUUCAUAAUUAUGGAGAAACUCGCUUCAAUGAACAUGUUUUUUGUCUUUAUUUGUUGGUUUAUGCUUCAUUGUUUAGCCUUAUCGUAACGGCAGAGAAUAAUUAUUUUCAUAUGCAUCUGGUGUCCUCCCUCUUUGCCAGUUUCAUUGUCAAGCAAUUAAUGAAAUUUAACGGUGCAACAAAGGGGAUUAGUAGGGGCUUAAAACUCACGUCAGUUCAACACUUUACCAAUUUAUUUCAUUUUACAAAAAUAUAUAUGAUUCGUGUUAUAAAUAAAGUUACAGAUAUAAAAAAUAAACAAAUUAUACAUGUUUAACUUAUAGUCACGUAAUGUUUCUUUAACAGUUUUAUCAAUUUAAGCAGAUGAUUAGUGUUACAGAUAAAUAAAUGAUACAUAUAUAACUUAUAAUAAUGUGAUGUCAUUUUAAUCAGAUACAAACUCAAUGCAAAUAUUUACAAUCCCACUAAGUGGGCGACAGCAUAAGAAAUUGAUAAUUGAAGCUACAAAUUGUGAACACUUAUUGACUAAAAUUGUUUUGCAUGUGGUGAACACUGUUCAUGGCUCACCACGCUCAGAAACUGGCAAUAACCAGCCAGACAUGACCUUGCUAAUUAGGGUGUUAAUUAUAAUCCGGUAUGCGUUAACCGUGGUCGGAUUAACUACUGGCAAAGUGGGAGUAAAUCAUGCAUCUACAUACAGUGAGGAUGUGUAUUGCUACUAAGUCGCUGUCAUACAUUCAGAUCAAUGUAUAGCAAAAACCAAACGUUUAGACAUUGCUUUUUCAAAGGAACCUGAAACGGGUCAACCAACUUCACCAAGUGAUUCAGACAAAGCAUAUGCACAUGUAUACCAACGCAUUGAAACUCUAGCAAAAGUAAACUGUAAUUAGGAUAUUCAUAUACUUAUUACUGUAUAUUUUAUAAUUCUAUUUUAUGUAUAUGUAUAUCGUUUUGAAAAUUAUAUACUGCCAAACUUUUCAGGUCAAGAGGUUGUGUUCAUGAUUAUCGCCACAGUAAUCAUGUCAGGUCAUUCUUCAUGUCCGAGAGUGUUUUGUAUAAGGACACAUUAUUUAGAUUGUCGUUAGUUACUUCAUAUACACAUUCUUCAAACGAGGAUAUUUCCUAUAUUAGGGCCUUGUAUUUGAUUUCUAACCUGGAUAGUCUUUCUUAUGUUAUUCUAUUGUAUAUUAUUUCGAUAUUAAUUAUAAGAGUGAAUUUAAUUAACUUUAAUAGGUAUCAGUGGUUCAAUUCGUUUCAAGGCCAGUCAAAAGUCAGAUACAUGAAUCUCAUUUCAUCAAUAUUUUAAGAAACAGAAAAAACUCAUAUCAUCAUUUCGCUCACAGUCGUGCUAUGUAAAUCAGAUUAUCAGCUUUUCAAAACAUCAUGAAUAAACUAUAAUUUGAGUUCUA